GUCCCUUUCUCCUUCGCCUCUGUCUCCAGGUCUGGCUGCCUGGCUUUAUUGCUUCCAUAUCUUGUUACUGGUCAUCUAUAGUCCUGCCGCGGCGUGGUCUCAUGCGCCUUGUUCUUUACUUUCUUCACCUCCCUCCGAAGACGCUGCCUUGAGUGCUACGGCCUUGUCUCUGCCUAGUAGCAGCGCUAUUGCGGUUAGAGAGUCUGUCAACACCACCAGUGUCACCACUUUUCUACCCGCUGCUACUCAUUCUAACAAGGUCGGGCUUGCUUUCCGCGAUCCGUCACGUUCUAAUUAUUCCGACCUCGCGGCUCUACCUAACUUCCGCCAGCAGAUGGUACAAAAAGCCACCGCCGCAAUUGUUAUCCUUUCAUCACUGAUCGCAUACAUUUCAAUCAAUAGCUUGAUCCGGAUCGUGAACCCCUCAGCUUUUAUCUGGUCUGCUGAAGAUAAAGACGAGGCCCGCUGGAUUGCUUCCUCGCAUUCGUGGUUUGAUCGGAAAGCCUGCCGGUGGCUAGGGCUUUGUGGUACUGCGCAUUACCGCGCGGUCCGCCCCCGUUUCGGCCAGCAUAAGCUUGUCUCAGAGACACUCUCACCAGCGGAGUCUAAUUCUACUUCCUGGAGGGCGUUCUGGUCGAACGGGGGCAACCUUUCGGACACCACUUGGGACGAAUCAGAAAGGUCUCGUCGAGAAAUUCCAGACUACAUUUUCCGAUAUGCGCCUCUGGUCCACUUGUUUUCAGGCGAACAGUUCUGGCCUGGUGAUAUCGCCGAGCACCUUUAUCACACAACCCCAAUGCUGAAUUAUACACCGGUCCGCUCACAACAAGACCAUCCGACCCUGCAGGAUCUUGACCAAUUAAAUCAAUUUCAAGAAGGGCACUACAUAUUUUUAACGAGUAAUGACAACGUUGAAGAUCUCCCAUCCUGGAUGGAAGGAGAGAAAAACAUACCCGAUCCUCCUGAGGAUGGCGAUGUGGCGCAGUCCUGGGCCGAUUGGGACGGUCGAAUUGAUGGGAAUAUCCCGGGUGACACACCGGAAGAGAGAGCUAAGUGGUACGAUACAAGCCAAUCUGUGCAAGAUAGAGAAGGUAAUAGGACUCCGGAUAAGCUCGGCUAUUUAAAUUUAGAAGACGAGCAUGUUCGGGACGAACUUCGGAAACGGUAUGGUGGGGAGCCCAUCCGUACGGAGCGAACUGGCGGCCACAGCAAUGCGCCAGCUGUGCUGAUCGUAAUGGACAAAGGCAACGGCGUCAUCGACGCUUUUUGGUUCUAUUUCUAUAGCUUUAACCUGGGGAAUGUAGUUCUGAAUGUGCGAUUUGGGAACCAUGUCGGCGAUUGGGAACACUGUCUCGUGCGAUUCCACCACGGUAAGCCCAAAGCACUCUUCUUCAGUGCCCAUAGCGCCGGCGAAGCAUAUAGUUACGAAGCCGUUGAAAAGAUUGGCGAACGACCGGUCAUCUACUCAGCGCUAGGAACUCAUGCCAUGUACGCGACUCCCGGCAUCCACGACUAUAUUCUGCCAUGGGGCCUCCUUCAUGAUCAGACGGACCGCGGCCCGCUAUGGGAUCCUCUAUUAAACUCCCAUACAUAUACCUACGAUUAUGACAACGAUACCUUGCUUGCAUCCACUGUCAGCCCAGAUUCACCCACAGAAUGGUUCUAUUACAAUGGCCAUUGGGGUGACAAAUUUUAUCCUUUGGGAGAUCGUCGACAAUACCGAUUCGCAGGCCAAUAUCAUUAUGUGAACGGGCCCCUUGGUCCUCGGUUUAAACAUCUAGAUCGUCGCAAAGUGUGUCAAGGGCCUGAUGAGGGGCCUUGUGUGAUCAAGAACUAUAUCGGGGAGCACACAAGGGCCAAGCGGUGGCUUAGUACCGAUAAAGGGAGCCACUGUUGAAGGAUUUCUUCGGCUAACAAGGCCUAAAGGCUUGGUUCACUGCUUUUUCCUUUUUCUUCUUUGGUGAUUCCAUGCUAUAUCAUAGGAUAUACCCCGUCUGUUUCCAUGUACCUGACUGUGUAGACCCUUGACUUGAUGUUAAGAGUUUGAAGCGCAUGAAUUACGAUGGAUGAUGAAUAUACAACCACUACAUUGGAGCUUGGUAGGAGUUCUCCACUGGAUGGAGUUACCGAUGGUCGCAAUUUCUGCAUUUCUUAUACAAGGCGAAAGGGGGCUAGGACCGAAUAGAUAGCUGAGUCGAUGAAUAAACAAUUACUAUUGAAUGA